AUGCAGGGGUUCAACAUGGGUCGGUAUCGGCCACCCGAUUCGGAUCCACGACGUGUGCGGUUCAACGCGACUGAUGCGUUGGCGAGUCGAGCGCGGCGUCUUGGCACACAUGCCAUGUUGGUGGUGCGCUUCGAGCUGCCGUUCCACGUAAUCUGCUCGACAUGCAGUGCGCAUCAUGUACAAGGCACCCGUUUCAAUGCGGAAAAACGGCCGACCGACUGGUAUCUCAGCACACGUAUCUGGACGUUCACUUGCAAAUGUAGCUGCUCGGCGAAAUUCGACAUUCUCACAGAUCCCCAAAACGCCCAGUACACGCUAGGCACAGGAGCCCGCAGGCAGCACCAAGAGUGGCAUCCAGAGCAAUCCGCAGGCCAUGCCGUGUACGAUUCCGACAAGCAGCAUGAUGCAUUCGCCAAGAUCGAGCGUGAUUCCACACAACAGCGUCGGAUCAAGGAGAACCACGAGAGAAUCAUUCAACUCGAGCGCGCACAGCUAUGCAGUAAGGAUCCUUACACCUCCAAUGCCGCACUAAGAGCCACGUUGCGCGAACAAAAGACGCAAGCAGUAAGGCAGAUGCAGACCGAUCAGCAGAUCAAGCGUCGCAUUGCGUGGAACGACCAUCUGCACUUGUCUCGCACCUCGUCAACUCAGUCCGAGAAGGAUCGCUCAGCAUGGAUCCAUGCUCGCUCCAAUUGCCGAGUCUCACCAACCACAUCGACGCAAACUGUACACAAGCUCAAGGCACACAUCCUCGCAAACACGCUCAGAAAGCGCGAUCCAUUCCUCUCCAACACCACCCGCACCUCUCCACCACUCACACAAUCACUUGUCAAGCCGCGUUCGUCCACCCGCUCCUCCUCCAUCACCGCAUCAAAGCCAUCCAAACGCAUGUGA